AAUGGCUAGUUACUAGUUUUUUGGAAAAACAUGUCGUUUAUUCGCUGAAAUCAAUUCCAACAGAUCGUACUGCGACAUAGAUUAUUCACUUCCGCAUAGCGUUACCGGAAAGUCUUCGGGAAUUUCCGAAGAAUUCCAUCAGUACAACACUGCAUUCUGAUUAGUUAAUAACCAACUUGACCCAUUAGGUCAAAGGACGCUGCUGUAGGUCAAAUCUGCAAUUGCCUCAUGGCGGAAAGUGAUUUUCGUCGAGAGUUUGUGUACGAUCGAACAACUUCGUCAGUGGAAAUAAUAUGACAAUUUUGACUUCGACUGUGUUCCAACAGACUCAAAUGUUUUUAAUUCCGUAAAUUAUGGUGGUUAACAAAUCAUCGCUACAUCUAGCCGCUCAGAACGGAAAUUUAGAAAUGGUUAAACUACUUUUACCAUCGAGAAACUGGAACUCAAAAGAUAAAUUUGGGAAGACACCACUUGACUAUGCGAAAGCUAAUAAUCAUACAGAUAUCAUGAAAGAACUAACAAAAUCAAAGAAACAUCUUGCUGCAAAGAUUCGAAGAUCCAAGAUUUUGGAGCAACUUCAAAGAGCGCUGAUUAGUGGGGCAAAGAAAAAAGUAUACAGAGGACGUGUUAUGCUCAUUGGACCAUGGGGCGCAGGGAAAACGUCCAUCAUGAAUAGUCUGCUCAAUGAAGAUUGCGAGGUUAAACAUACAACCACAGAUCCAUUUGAGACCUUUCACAUUGAUAUCACAGAAUGGAUAAUCAGAGGCAAUGAAGAAUACUUCCAUGCUCGCAAUCCUGAGGAAACACGUGAUUUAAUUGAGAGAGUCCUUGCUUCAGAAGUUGUACGACAAGAUGCAGAACGACGACAUGCUCGUUAUGGACCUACUCUAAGUGAUCAAAGCACACCAAAACAGGAAUCUGGACCAAUGGGUAAGGAAGAAACACGAAACACUGGUCAGAGUAAACGAGACAGAAACUUUGAACCAAUUGGUAUUACAAAUAAAGACUUGGUAAAAUUGUUAAAAAAACCUGGACAAAACGAGUCUGAAUCACUUAAACGCAUUGAACGAAGAUUAAAGAAAGCAGUAGACACAGAUUCAAUUGAUUUUUAUUUUUCACUUUGGGAUGUUGGUGGACAUUGUGAUAUUAUUUAUCCGGCUUUUUUUGCAUAUAGGGUAAUUUACAUCUUUGUGACUGACCUUACAAAAGGACUUGACGAUAUUUUAGAACUGCCGCCUCAAAAUCAGACAGCAAGAUAUUGGAAAGAUAUGCCAUUGAAAGACAAUGCAAAUUUCUGGAUAAAUGCAAUCCAUACCCAUACAAUGAGGGAUUUUGUUAUAAAAGCACAUGGGCAAGAUGAAAGUGAGGAGCACACCAUUGUUGCACCCCCAGUUAUAAUUGCAGGUACAAAGAAAGAUUUACUUGAAGGGGAUGUCGAAAAAGAGAGCCAAGGCCGUCUAUGUGAAUUGAGAAAGUAUCUCAGACAACAUACACAAUCAGCAUGGAAUAGUCACGUUACUUUUCCAAUGUUUGCUCUUGAUAAUAAGUCAAGACAUAACGAUAAGACGACUGAUCCAUCGAUAGAAAGUCUCCGAAAACGGAUACAGGAACUAGCUAAGGAAUUUUGCUUUCUCGGUGACAUUCCUGUCAAUUGGCUAAUACUAGAGCUAAUUCUUAGAUCCGAGGAGAAGGAGACAUUACAAUUAUCCGAUGUACACAGAUUAGGCAAAGAAAGGGGUCUGUCCACUGAGGAGAUUGAAAAGGCAUUGAAGUACUUCCAUGAUGUUGGAGAAAUCAUUCACUUUGCUGAUGUUGAUGAACUGAAAGAUACUGUAAUCAUCGAUCCACGAUGGUUGAUAAACUUAUUCAGUUUAUUAACUACAAAGUCAGUUUCAUACAAGACUAAUCCCGAGCUAUCUAUCGAACUGCUGAACAUGUUUGAUGAACUAUACAACCACGGAAUGAUGAAGAGGGAGUUAGUUUCACAGUGGCUCAAAUUGCAUGAUCGUGAGCAGGAUACAGACAUUCUCUUGAAAAUUCUUGAAAUGUUUGAUAUUAUUUGUCAGUGCUCUCUAGAAAUUGAUGUAUAUUACUUCCCAUGCCUUCUGAAAAGCGAGCCACCGAGAAAAUUUCUGUUCCCUACAGGCUACAUGUCUUGUGAGCCGUUAUAUUUCCAUUUUCGAGGUAAUUUUUUACCAGAAGGUUUAUACUACCGUUUGAUUGUUCGUUGUUUAGAAAAACAUCCAGAAGCCAUGCUAUUCCAGGAUCAUGCUCGUUUUAUUCAUAACGAGUCCAUUGACCACCACUUUACUCUGUGUAGAAAGGGAGCUGACAUAGAAUUAAAGAUGUUACGAUUGGAUAUUUUAGGCGAGCGAAUAAUUCAACAUCUUUAUGAGAAGGUACGACAAGAAGUGGAAACCUCCCUAAAUGAGUUAAUUCGGAUGUACACACCAGGUUUGACGUAUCACAUAUGCAUAAAGUGUGGUUGUGGUGACCACAGGGAUGGUAUAUGGCUACAUGAAUCUAAUGACUUUGAUGAUGGAUGUACAGAUAUCACCCCCGUAUUGGAUCAAGGUGUUAAACAAUUACAUUGUGAACUGAAAAAUAUGCUGCAAGACAGUCACCAAGAAGAACAUUUGAAGAGAUCGUCCACUUAUUCUGUUACCUGGAUUCACAGCUAG